CGUUCGAAUAUAAAAAUGGAAACAAUGUCGAAUCCUUAUCCAAAAAAACUGCACGACACUUGUGAAGAUGAAGAAGAGAGAAAACACUUUCAACGUAUUGUGUCGGCUUUCAAAUAUUACAAAAAUCAUUCACUGCUAAGGGUUAACAAAACAGAAUCCUAUUUAUUGUCACUUCCAGCACAUCAUCAGAAGCUUCUGUCAAAAUAUAGGGAACAUCUACAAGAAGUUAAACGAUGUAUUGAAAAUAAUGAUGAAAUAAUUAAGCUUAUCGUAAAGGAUGUAGCACAUAUUUUUGAAAAUGUGAGCCCAGCUAGUGCACACACUGAAAGUGUAAGAAAAGUUUACCUGACAUUAAAUCCUCGUCCAGUAAUGGCUGAUCUGGAAAAAGUUCAAGCUACAAUUAAACAACUAGUUCGAGAUUGGAGUGUGGAGGGUACAGAAGAACGUACUGCGUGUUAUCAGCCUAUUAUAGACGAAAUCAUGAACCAAUUUCCGUUAGAAUUUUGUACACCAUCAGAUGUGCGAAUUCUAGUACCUGGUGCAGGUUUGGGCAGAUUAGCAUAUGAAAUCGCAAGACGUGGAUACACUUGUCAAGGAAAUGAAUAUUCUCUCUUCAUGCUGUUUGCUUCACAUUUUGUAUUAAAUAAGUGUAGGGGAAUAAAUUCAUAUCAAGUACAUCCAUGGGUGCAUCAGUAUAUGAAUAAUUUAAAACCAGAACAUCAAACUCGAGCUGUUUUCUUUCCAGAUGUAAAUCCUAGCGAUCUUCCAGAAAAUGCACAGUUCUCUAUGACAGCUGGAGAUUUUUUAGAGGUUUAUACAGAAGACAAUCAUUGGGACUGUGUUGCUACGUGUUUUUUUAUAGAUUGCGCGAACAACGUUGUGCAAUUCAUUGAGACUAUUUAUAAAAUUCUAAAACCAGGAGGUAUAUGGAUUAAUCUUGGGCCAUUACUAUAUCAUUUUAGUGAUAUGCCAAUGGAAGAUUCAAUAGAACCAAGUUAUGAUGUUGUUCGUGAUGUAAUUCAAGGUUUUGGAUUUCAAUUAGAGAAAGAAGAAACGCGCGUAAAAACACGUUAUGCUCAGAAUGUUAACAGUAUGUUACAAUGUGAAUAUAAUAGCGUGUAUUUCGUUUGUCGGAAACCUAAAAGACGCAUAGAUAAUGAUACAAGCCAUAGAAAUGGCUCCGAAAGUAACGGUAUACAAGAACAAGAAAAUUAACUAUCGACAACCUGAUGUAUUUUAUUUGUAAGAAAGAUUGAUAUAACUGUAAAUGCAUUAUGUAAUAGUUUAAUUAUUACAAGAGCAAAGCUGUUAUACUUUAUGAACACAAGUCAAUAUUAGGUAAUUUGAAUCUAGAAAGAAAACAAAAGUCUUUAAAUAUAGUUAAUAAUUGAAGUGUUAUUUUCUUAUCAUAAAUUUUACUUCAAUAAGUAAUAGUUACAAAUGAUAAAUUUAUUGUUAACAAAUUGGAUAAUAAAGUGGCACGGUUAUUUUGAUCAAACAUCAGAACAAUUUGAUUCAAAUUAAUUUAAAAUAAUUCCAAUAACAGUUUUGCAAUUUUCCUUUGAGUUCAUUUGUGAGUUAGAUUAUUAUCAACGUUUAUUGUUUGAAUUAUUUACCAGAUAUCAUUAUAAUAUGAAAUAAAAAAAACUAAAUUUCGUUACAUGUACAUAAUAUACAAUAUCCCUCAUUUGGAAUGUUUUCUUCCAGCUUAUAAACAGACUUUUAAUACGAAUGCAAAUUAACUUCAAAUUUUUACCGAAACCAGUGUUGCCUUAUCCAAUUUUGUUUUAAAUGUUCAAAUAUUACUAUCACGAAGACGAUAUAUUUUCUGAAUUUUUAAUCAUUGUAUUAUUAAUAAUUUUUUGCAUUUUCUU